CUCUUUUAUCUCUACUCCAAUGCCGACCCCACCCAUCAUCUUCAUCUUCUAAAUUAGAAAAAGCUUAAAUAACCUUUUCUCUUCUUUCAUUUCCUUCUUUUUCCUUCCCUCAAACCCUAAUUAACGUCUAUAUGCAUACUUUCCUUUUUCCUUUUUUCAGAACCCCGAUUUCCCAAUUCGAUACACCUAAUUCACUGCUCCACUCUUCUUACUAUUUCAAUUCAUUUCUUCUUUAGUUUUUCUUUUUCGCUCAAGAAUGGAUUCUGGUAACAGUGGAAGCAUCUCUUCCAGCGAUGAAGAAUACGAUUCAUCAUCACACGCUGAUCCAUCCUUCCUCAAUCAUUUUGCUUCCAUCUCCCACCCCCAACCAUCCCUUGUUCCUUCUCACCCCUCAAUGUUUGAUCUCUCCUCAACCUACCUCCAUGCUCUCUCACAAUCCAACCCAAACCAAAACCCCCACAAUUCCUUCUUAAACAUCGACUCCCUUGCCCAAAGAUCUCAAUCCAAUUGCACUCUCCCCGAAACCCUUCCAUCUUCUUCAUCAGCCACGCCAGCAAUAAACCAAUGUUUGCCGGCUCCUCAACCCCUCUCGUCACCACCACAAACCACCAACCUCGUACGCAACUCCAAGAAACGAAGCAGAGCUUCAAGGCGUGCACCCACCACCGUUCUCACCACCGACACCACCAAUUUCAGAUCCAUGGUUCAAGAGUUCACUGGAAUUCCUGCACCUCCCUUUUCACCUUCCUUCUCUCGCCGCCUCCCUCUUCGCUCAAACCCUUUGCUUUCAACUUCUUCAAGGACCUCCUUACACAACAACGCCACCAUCAGUCUUUCUCCUAAUAAUAACUCCAUUAACUACCAGCUACUUCCUGAUCUGUCGUUACCCUAUCAUCCCCCACAGAAUAUCAUGCAACAUCACCCUAUUCCCACAUUCCACCCCUCUUAUUCUCUUCAACCUCUUGUCCCUGCAGGGUUUGGUGCAAAGUCUCUAUUCAUGCCCGCUCUUGAUGCGCAUGAUCUGGUGGUUGCACAGGGUCAUGAACACGUGGUAUCUGAGGGCAUGCUUCAGAGGAGUGGCGGUGACGGUGACUGUAGAGAUGGAAGCAUAGUUGGAGGAGGGAGAAGAGAUUCGUUUAGGUGCUUGGAUGGGAACAACUAUGGUGGGUGUAAGCUCAACAUCUCGGUUUCUGCUUCGAGCAGUGUGAACCAUGAGAAGAACUUGGAGAAUGGUAAUUCCCCUAGGGAAGGUGCCGUGGAAGCGUGGAUUUGUUCUUCUGAUCAAUAGGAUCUCGCGUGUGUGAGAGUAAACAGUAUACUCAACAGGUGAAUCAUUGCAGCGUGGAAUUUCAUACACUGCAAUGAAUUAAGAGCGUCAUCAUGAUGAUGUUGAUCCUAGUGGUGUAAUGUUGGUGGUUAGCAUUUGCAGCUAUCAUUUUUUUU